AUGAUGAUUUUUAGCUCUCUAUUUUACUGCCUUUUAAUUUUUGCAGGUUUAAUACAACUAGUUUCUCCUUUUAGGCAGCUACGCAAUGAUACACUAGUGCAUAAGUUACAUUCUCUCCCUAUCAACCAAUCCAAUAGCAUUGGUGGCAGGUUUGAAUUAAUAGAGUUGCCAUACAAUAUUGAAUCCUUAACACCUUUCAUGUCAAAAGACGCAAUUGAAAUGCACUACCUGAGACAUCACGCCAAAUAUGUAAACACACUCAACCAACUGGUUUCCAGUACGAAUUCCACAUUUUCUACACUAAAAGACAUAGUGUCUGCUGCCGAAGAUAUUAAGAUAUACAACAAUGCAGCACAAGCAUACAAUCAUAAUUUGUUUUGGUACUCAAUGACGCCUCAAUCCAAUUCCCCUACGGGAUGCCUUUUGCGCGCGAUUAAUGCCAGCUUUGGCUCAAUAGACAAAUUAUUGAAUGAAAUAAUCUUAAAGGGAAUCGCACACUUUGGAAGUGGAUGGGUUUUCCUCACCAGGUUACCAGACGGCAGUCUGACUCUCUGCGAGGGGCACGACGCAGAAUGUCCUAUAAGAUAUGAUCGAGGCAUCCCUCUGUUAGCAUUAGAUGUAUGGGAACACGCUUACUACGUUGACUAUCGUUACGAUAGGGAAAGGUACAUCCGAGGAUGGGUCGACCACAUCAACUGGGUGACUGCAGAGCAGUUGUACAGCGAUGCAUCUAAUUUUCGUAACUGUUAUUCUGGUGUACACAUGCUCUAA